AUGGAGGAUGAUGAGGAGCCACCAGAACUUGGCGAGUGGAAUUUGGUGGCAGGAUCCAUCCACGGCCCUCUGGCUGGAUACAUCGAAAUGUUCCUGGUGGAAGGGAAGCCGAAUGAGACUGCAAGAAGGCUCUCAGAGCUGAACAAGCUGCUGCUGCUGCAGGGUGAUGUGCAGUCCCAGGACAAGAUGUUCAACAACGUGAAAGACUGGAUGUCGGAAAUGUCCGUCAAGAAUAAGUACGAGCUGCCGGCGAAGGUUGCUCAACAGCUGGCUCAGGCAGGAUAUUCGGAGAUGGUGAUUCGAGACAAGGACUUACGCGCCUUCUGGGACUUUAACUGCUGGCUGGACGACACGCUGAAGUCAAUGCGACAGGCAGAAGAAGUUCUAGGAGCGGUGGACAAGAAUGCAGGCCCAGCCCCUCCUCCAGGACUUGAUGCAGCUGCCUCCUCGACAGGAGCGGCUGGCGAGCAGAUCGGUUCCAGCUUGAAGAACCGACCGAGAUGGGCUUCGAUACAAGAGCAAGGUGACGGUAGCACAGGUUGGCCGUCUUUGGAUCAGCGGCAGGCAGCAGGACUUGCUGCAGCUGCCUCCUCGACAGGACAUUGGCACCAUGCUGGCACUGGCACAGGAGCCGACAAUGCUGGUUUCUAUGACGAAGACAGUGACGAAGAAGAACCGCGCAGGGCCGGAGCGGCUGGCGAGCAGAUCGGUUCCAGCUUGAAGAACCGACCGAGAUGGGCUUCGAUACAACAAGGUGACGGUAGCACAGGUUGGCCGUCCUUGGAUCAGCGGCAGGCAGCAGGGUCAGUUCCUGGAGGACUUGCUGCAGCUGCCUCCUCGACAGGACAUGGGCACCAUGCUGGCACUGGCACAGGAGCCGACGAGGCUGGUUUCUAUAACGAAGACAGUGACGAAGAAGAACCGCGCAGGGCCGGAGCGGCUGGCGAGCAGAUCGGUUCCAGCUUGAAGAACCGACCGAGAUGGGCUUCGAUACAACAAGGUGACGGUAGCACAGGUUGGCCGUCCUUGGAUCAGCGGCAGGCAGCAGGACUUGCUGCAGCUGCCUCCUCGACAGGACAUGGGCACCAUGCUGGCACUGGCACAGGAGCCGAUGCUGGUUUCUAUAACGAAGACAGUGACGAAGAAGAACCAGGACCGCAGGAGCUGACGCUGGUGGAUGUUUCGCAAGGAGAAGCCGAAAGGGUGGAGCCGGAAGUCAAAGACGGCGUGGGAGGAGGCUACAUUCCCGAGCAUAUUCCCGCUGCACCGUGGCCCUGGCCAGGAGCUUAUGCUUACGACCCUAUGAAUUUCUAUCUGGAAGCACAAUAUGCUGCCGAACUUGCUGCGAUGCAGUGGCACUGGCCCCUUGAUGCUCAAGAUGCCCAUAGUUGGCCAUUUUCAAGCCAUCCGACAGGCCACUGGGAGAUGGGACAAGGUCCGGCAAAGCCAUCGCGUGGGCGGAAAGCCAAGCCUCGAGUGGCAGGCCAAGGCUCCGGCACGGCCAGGCUGAGUCUGCGCCUUGCGGUCCGUGCCAACACCGCCAUUCCACAAGCAAAGGGGAAGCCGGGACCCAGAGCUGGCCGGGAUCACGUUUUCAAGAAUUCCCACCUGGGACGCUACAUCAAGGAUGUCUUGGACGAGAACAGCGAGUUUGAAGAGCUGAGGAAGGACGACCUGGCAGACCGUCACCCAAGCAACGUCUACUUCGAUGAUUGGGAGAGAGCUGUAAGUCCGAAAGCUUCCAUCGAGACCUCAGCAACGAUCCUCAUCCUCAGCAGGCAUGAUUACUUCCCAAUGCAGCAAGAGAUUUCCUAUGACAUCCCGGAUUUGAGAACAACUUUCCCGAGAGCCCACACAUACCUCCUGGCCGUGGACGAGGCCGAUGGGCAAAGCGAGAACCCGUUCAUUGAGAAGCUGAAGGAGAAGAUCUUUGAGUGUUGCAAAAAAGAGGUCAACUACGAGACGAUAGGGACGAUGGAGCUACAUCCUCGUCAUUCUUGA